AUGUCAACCAAAUCUAAAAAGAGAAAAUCUCAAGCGCCCAAAGAGGACGUUCAAACUGUCAAUGUUGGCACAUCGAAAAAUAAAGAAGAAAUAGUACCACCUUUCCAAAGAGAACCGUCUGCAGUUCUUAUGGAAGGUGUUGAACACACCAAAGUUAUUCCAGGCAUGGAAGUUAUUUCAGAAACUGCAAGUAUCGAAGAAAUCAAAAAUAACUGGAGUCGUGAACACGUUAUUUUAUUUCUAAAGCUCAAGAAAGAGAAAAAGGAGUUGGAUAUCGAAAACCAAGAUAUCAAAAUAAUUGAGAAUAAUCGAGAAAUUGUACAAGAUGCUGUGAAUAAAGCAGUUAAUGAAAAAUCGUUUGAGGUGAUUAGUGUGUCAAAGCUAAGUUGGACCAAAAUGAACAAAAUCGAGAAAGCUAUAGGCCUUAAUACUAUGCGAGUUAGUGUUGAAGAUUUUCCAGACACUUCCAUCAUAAAAUGCAAUGGAUUUAAAUGGGAUAUGGAAAAAGAUGAAGACAAACAAAUGCAAGAUGUCAAAAACUGGUUUAAAAAUGUAUUAAAUUUAGAAGAAGGUUAUUCUAUCGAAGAUGUUCAUAAAUCUACAAAGAAAGAAGUAACAUUAGAUAAAGCGCGUACUAUAUUACGAAGCGGAUUUGAUAUCGCCAUUGGCCCAAGUCGAACGGAAUGUAUCUAUAUAGAAACAAAAAAAAAACUCCAAGAAUUAAAGGCAGAGGAAGCUCAAGCUAAAGGAGAAUUACUUAUCGCAAAUGCGGAUGUUGCAUUAGACGUAUUGGUUGUGUUGACAGAUUGUAACGACAGGUGGACCUUUUUUUUUAUAACCAAAUCUGAAGAAGGUUCGGUUGAGAAAUAUUACAUCGUAACUGCAUAUAUUGAUAACCGUGAAAAGGCAUUAGGCUUAAUCAAAGCCUUCGUUAUAGAACAAGGAAUCCAAUUUGAUAAAAUUAUGGGAACAAAUAAAAGAAGCUUAGAAAAAGAAGAGAUAAAUGUUAGAGGGCCCUUUUCAAAAAAAGCGAAGUUCAUAGAAGAUGUUGAAUUUUGUGAUGAGAGAAUGUUAGAUAUGAUUCCAGAUAUGACGGAUAAUGAAUUACGUCGCAUGUUUACAAGAUGGAGAUUAAGGGCGCUUGAAAAGUCAGUUCCUAUUAGUGAAAAACCUAUUAUACAACAGUACAUAUCAGAAUAUAGUGAUGAUUAUGAGAAACAUGUAACCUCAAUAUAUUCAUAA